AAAGACAAAAGUUCCUUGAUCUGCUCAGUGUUCCAACUUCCUAGCUGUGUAGAAUCUAGAAUUUUUUAUCACAUUUUUAGAGCACGAGGAGUUAAAUUUUCAGAUAAUUGUGAGUAUUUUGCUUUGUUAUGUGGCAUAAGUUUUUCGUUUGUGCUUGUCGAUUUGUACCCAAAUGUCAGAUGGAUCCACAGAGAAGCUGAAGAAAUUUGUGUUUUCUUCCAAAUAUAACGUCGGCGAAGCUCAGGAAGAAAAACUAGAAGUUGUUAUUCCUGAGCCGCUCCAGGCAAGUUACUCUUUUACCACUUGGUCAUCCGCACCUGUCUUGGCUUGGUUCUUGUGGGAAAAUCGACACGAACUUCCAGGUAAACGAGUGUUAGAACUAGGAGCUGGCACCGCCUUACCAGGAAUCGUAGCAGCUAAGUGUGGUGCCACAGUAACCUUGAGUGAAUCCGCAACUCUCCCAAAAUCUCUAUCGCACACAAAACACAGUUGCCAGUUGAAUAACCUGAUAAUAAACCAACACGUUCGAGUCAUCGGUCUCACUUGGGGGUUAUUCUUAAGCAACUUGGAUACUCUGGGUUGUAUAGAUUUAAUACUCGGUUCAGAUUGCUUCUUCGAACCUGCCAGUUUCGAAGACAUUCUAGUGACCGUAGCAUAUUUACUAGAGCUCAACGUAGAAGCGAAAUUUAUUUGUACGUACGAAGAACGCAGUUCCGAUUGGUCCAUAGAGCACUUGUUGGCAAAGUGGGAUCUGAGGUGUCAGGUGCAUGAUAUCAGCAAUUUGGGUACUUGUGCCGGCGUCGACAUCCACGAUUUGAUCGGGGGACACAGUAUUCACUUACUUGAAAUUUCCAGGGGGUCUUAAAUCGUAAUAUGGCUGGA